AUGAGUUCCUAUUUCUUUGUAGCAUUAGCUAAAAUUGCUAUAACAACAAAUCCAGAAAUAACUUUUCUUGGACAACGUAUGCUUGAACUUGUACGACCAAUUAGAAAACUUUUAAAAAUUGAACAUACAGCAUUAGAAAAUUUUGAAGCAUUAAAGGUUUUAACUAAUUUAGCUAGUAUUGGUGAAAGUGUUCGAAAACGUAUUUUAAAAGAAGGUGGAUUUUCAACUAUAGAACAAUAUAUGUUUGAAGAACAUUCAAUGUUAGGACAAGCACCAGUUGAAUGUAUGUAUAAUUUAGUUGUUCAAGAAGAAGUUAUUAAAUGUUUUACUGGUGAAAAUGAUCAUAUUAAAUUAUUAGCUUUAGAAACAUUAGCUGUUUUAUCAUCAUUACAAGCGGAUCUUGAAUAUAUAAAAGAUUUAAAUUUAGAAGAUGGAGAACGUAAACGUUUAAAUAAUUUAAUUCAAGAUAAUCGAAUUAUAUGUGAAAAAAUACCUGAUCAAUUUACUUUUAAUUCUCAAUGGUCUAAAUCGGUUCAACCAAAAAAUCGUUUAAUAAUAUUUUUGAUUUUAUUUGUAAUAAUAAUUAGUCUUACAAUAACAACGAUAACAUUUGCAGUUUUAUGGAAUCGUUCAAAAUCUCAUUCAAAUAAUGAAUAUGCAGUAGCUAAAGGUACAAUAGAUUUUCCUAUUCGUUUACCUGAUGAUGGAAAAUAUAUUCAAUGGACAUUUUUACAAUUAAACGAUGUUUAUGAAAUGCUUCCAUUAGAUCAAGGACGAAAAGGUGGUUUAGCUCGUGUUGCUCGUGUUCGACAAUUAUUAUUAGAAGAAAAUCGUCAAACAUAUACUAUUUUAUCUGGUGAUUUUGUUUCACCAUCAGCAUUAAGUCAAUCAAAAAUAAAUGGAACAACAAUAAAUGGACGACAAAUGAUUGCAUCUCUGAAUACAUUAGGUAUUGAUUUUGUUACAUUUGGUAAUCAUGAAUUUGAUUUAAAUGAAACAGAAUUAAUUGCACGAAUCAAUGAAUCAAAAUUUAGUUGGAUUAGUUCAAAUGUAUUUAAAAGUGGAACUGAUCUACCAUUUUCAUCAACUAGUCGAUAUAAAAUAUUAUCAAUUGAUAAAAUUCGUAUUCUUUUAAUUGGUUUAACAAUCGAUAUAAAUAAAUCAUAUAUUCGUAUUAUUAAUCAAACAUCACUUAUUCCAUUUGUUCAACAAUUUCUUAAAUCUAUUUCAAAUAUAAAAUAUGAUGUUUUAGUUGCAUUAACUCAUUUAGAUUUAGAAAUUGAUAAACAACUUGCAGAAAAUAUACCACAAAUUGAUUUAAUAUUAGGUGGACAUGAACAUGAAAAUUAUUUUUUAUUACGAGGUUCUGAAUAUAUUCCAAUAACUAAAGCUGAUGCCAAUGCAUUUACUGUUUAUAUUCACCGAUGUGCUUUUAAUUUAAAUACAAAACGAUUGCGUGUUUAUAGAACAUUAACACAAAUAACUUCGGAAUUAGAAGAUGAACAAAAAACAGCUGAGAUUGUCAAUUAUUGGUAUAAUUCAGGUAUAAAAGGUUUUGAACAAAUCGGAUUUCAACCUAACAAAACGGUAUCUUGUUUACCAUCUUCUAUUGUAUUAGAUGGUCGUUCAACAUCCGUAAGAAAUUUUCCAACAUUAUUAACAGAUAUUGCUUGUCAAAGUAUUUUAUAUUCAGCAUCGAUGAAUGGAACAAUAAUUGGUGUUUUUAAUACGGGAUCAAUACGUGUUGAUGAUGUUCUUAGAGGAACAAUUACACAAUAUGAUAUUUUACGUAUAUUUCCUUUUCAAGAUAAUAUUUUUUCUCUUUCUGUUCCUGGUUCAUAUCUUGCUAACGUAUUAAGUCGUGGUAUAUCAAUGAAAGGUAGUGGAACAUUCCUUGCUUUUUGUGGAAUUGAAACUCUCGAUCAAGGAAAAACUUGGUUACUUAAUGGAAUAGAUAUUUCAAAAACUGAUCUUAAUUAUUCUGUUGCUACAAUAACUUAUCUAAAAGAUGCAGAAUUUCUCAAUCCAUCAGUUACUAUUUGGUGGGAAUUCAAUAUAACACAAACACAAGGUUUAAUUAAUUAUUUACAAACAAAAUAUCCACCAUGUUAA